UUUGACAGUUUAUGAAUUUACUAACCUCUCUUUUUACGAGCCAAACGUACCUUAAUUUUGUUGUUAUUUAUGUUGGUUUGUUAUUUACUGCACAAAUGUUAAGCGUAGCAGCUUCUCUAAGUUCGUAAUGGAUAAUGCUAUAGUAUUAGUGGAAAAAAUGCCGGUUCCUUUAGGAAUGAUCAGUGCCAAAAGUCCAUCUACAAGGAGUCGGACUCGUAAUCAAUCUGUUUCGCCUUCUACGAGGAAAAAUGGCAAGUCUAAUGGUCACCUAUUGACGAUGGAUGUUUUUACCAAGAAAAGGGCAAGGAGUCCAUCUGCAACAUCGGAAUUAAAUGAGAACCUGAAAAAGCCAAAAAUUGAUCCAGCUGACUUGGAAGACGAAAAAGAAAACCAAAAUAUAGAAAACCAGGAUGAAGUUUUAACCACUGACAAAGCUAACCCUAUUGAUAAAAAAGAAGAUGUAACAGAAAUAAAAAGUAAUGAUAUUGAAAGUGAGACCAUCUCCACAAAAUCCACCUCAGAUGAAAAUAGUGACUGUAAAAAACGAAGACUAAGUGAACCUGACAAUAAAGAUGAUUCAGAAAUUGAUGAAGUUAAUUCUGAUGAAGAUAUUAAGAGUAUUGAUGAUGAAAACAGCAAUUCUGAUGUAAAAAGCGAAGGAGUAAAAAAUAUGAACUGUAAAGAAGAGAGCAACAACAAUGCUCAAGAUCUGAACAAUGAGAGGUGUAAUAUUUGUAGACAAUUUUUGAAUAACUCUGACAUUAUAUUCUACCAAGGACACCCACAGAAUGCUGUGGAAGAGUUUAUAGCUUUGACCAAUGAGAAACUAGUAUUAGCUGCAGGUGAUGAAGGAGACAUCAUGGAGAGACCUCAAACCAACAUCACCGGGUUCUCAAUCUUCGACCAGGAGGGCCACCUGGUGCCCAUCGAUGGAGGUUUAGUGGAGAAUGACAUGAGAAUCUUCAUGUCUGGGUACCUGAAGUCCAUUUGCUCCGAAAACUCAGAUAUUGAUGAGGAAUCUAUACCGGUGAAGGAUGUUGGCCCUAUUGUUGAAUGGUUCAUCCACGGAUUCGACGGAGGCAUGAAAAAUUGCAUCACACUAUCAACAGAGUUCGGCGAAUACAACUUGAUGAAGCCGAGCGCCGAAUAUACUCCUCUCAUGAACAAUCUCUACGAGAAGAUAUGGAUUAGCAAAGUCGUAGUUGAAUACCUAGAAGAGUACCAUUACCUUCAGCCGACGUACGAAGACUUGAUGGAAAUCAUUCGUGAGGCGACGAUACCAGAGUUGGAUGAUGCGAAGAUGACUGAAGAGAUGCUACAUAAGCACGCGCAGUUUGUUUGCGACCAGGUGGUGUGUCUGGAGGCUCAAGAUGAGGAUGAUGAACCGCUCAUCACACUGCCCUGCAUGAGGGAACUCAUCAAGCUCAUGGGCAUCAAGUUCGGCAAACGAAAAACCCGCACCAAAAUUGACUACAAGAAAAUCGACAAGAAAGCCUGGACUAAGGCGACGACGACGCCGUUGGUGCAGAAGACUUUCGAGAGCUUCUUUACGCAUCAGCUGGAUAAGACGAAUAAAGACUUGGUGUUGCGUAGGAAGCGUUGCGGUGUUUGUGAGGCGUGCCAGCGGCCGGACUGUGGCGAGUGCAGCGCGUGCCGAGCCAUGGCCAAAUUCGGCGGCCACGGACGAACUAAAAAGGCAUGUGUCAGCAGAAACUGCCCCAACAUGGCCGUAGAACAAGCCGAAGACUCAGACCCUGACGAUGAGGAGGAGUACAGGAAGAUGGCAGAGAAGAAGGAACACGACAAGAUAGAUGAUGCCGUCCCGGUGAAGCUGACUGGCGCCGGCUCCAGAAAGAUCACCUGGGUCGGCGAGCCAGUCAAGGCUGAUGCUACUAAAGUCUACUACGAGGCUGUCGAGAUUGAUGGAGAGGAGUUAAGGAAUGGCGACUAUGUGAUGGUGGAGACCUCCCAGGCUAAUAUACCCGCGCUCGUCGUGAGGGUCGUGUACAUGUGGAAGGAGACAUUGAACACCAAAUCUGGAUACUUCCACGGAGAGGUGUUCAUCAGAUCUUCAGACACCGUGCUAGGGGAGGUGGGCGACCCUCGCGAGGUAUUCUUAGGGGACCGCUGCUGCCACGGCGCGCCGCUCUCAUCCAUUCUGAGGAAGGCACAUAUAGAAAAGAGGGAAAUACCAGCCAACUGGUUCAAGCUCGGCGGGAAAGAAGUCGAGGACGAAACGUUGGAGGAUGAUGGAAAGACAUACUUCUAUAAAAAGUAUUAUGAAAGGUUCACGGCGCGCUUCGAAGACCUACCAGAGGACCCGGCGUGCCCCAACCCUCUGAGGCAACACAGGUUCUGUCCGUCCUGCGAGCGCAAGACUAGAAAAGACGCCAAAAACAUCCCCAAAGUCAUAGACAAACUGGCGGAGAAAUCCGAAUUCGUUACAGAAGCGAAUAGAACCGAGUGGAGUCUGGUGCGGUGGCAGGACCACGACUACAAGCGCGGCGGCGGAGUGUUCCUCAAACCGGGGACUUUCAACCUGAAGAGCAGUCUGACGUACAGCGACACCAGCAAGCCGAAGCUCGAGAACGUAGACGAGAGUGUAUACCCGGAGUACUAUCGAAAGAGCGACAACAACUUGCGCGGUUCUAACGUGGAUACUGGGGAGCCGUUCUGUGUUGGGCUGGUAGUGGCGGCUACGGCUCGCGGGGCGGGGCCGCUGGUGGUUCCUCAGGAUAUCUAUUUACGAGUGCGCGUCAUGUGCCGGCCCGAGCACACCGCCAGCCGCUUCCCGCAGCACGAGGACCUCAACCUCGUCUACUGGAGCGACGACAUCCGAGAAAUCCCAUUCUCUGCCGUGGUCGGGCCCUGCCACUUAGUACACGAGAAGAACAUACCUAGCGAAAACAAACAGGAGUGGCUCGAGAAGGACCCCAGCAGAUUCUACUUCAGAGAGGCUUUCAGCAGGAAAACGGGCAAGUUUACAGAGGUGCCACCUGAAGCGGAGAGCGUCGGGCGAGUUGACAAAGGCAAGGAGAAGGGCAAAGGGAAAGGGAAGUCCAGCAAAGCGUCCGCUACUACAGAAGCAUCUACGACUGCUUCGGUUCGUCCUUUGCGUACAUUGGACGUGUUCGCGGGCUGCGGGGGGUUAUCUCUGGGGCUGCAUACAGCGGGGGCCGCGGCGCCUCGUUGGGCGGUAGAGCAAGUGGAGCCCGCGGCCCACGCCUAUGAGUUGAACAACCGCGCGUGCACAGUGUUCCGCGAAGACUGCAACGCGUUGCUUCGCGAGGCGCUGGCGGGCGCGGCGCACUGGCGCGGCCGCCGCCUGCCCCGCGCAGGGGAGGUCGAGCUGCUGUGCGGCGGCCCGCCCUGCCAGGGCUUCUCCGGCAUGAACCGGUUCAACCAGCGCGAGUACUCCAACUUCAAGAACUCUUUAGUAGCCUCCUACUUAUCCUACUGCGACUUCUACCGCCCGAAAUACUUCAUACUGGAGAACGUGCGGAAUUUCGUCGCGUUCAAAAAAGGAAUGGUUCUGAAACUGACGUUACGUACGUUACUAGACAUGGGAUACCAGUGCACGUUUGGCAUCCUCCAAGCUGGGAACUACGGGGUGCCUCAGACUCGGCGUCGUCUUAUAAUCCUGGCGUCCGCGCCGGGGUAUAAGCUUCCUUUAUACCCCGAGCCGACGCACGUGUUUAGUCGUCGCGCUUGUUCGCUAACCGCGGCUAUUGACGGCAAGCGCUUCGUCACCAACAUCCAGUGGAACGAGGCGCCGCGACGAACCUGCACUAUAAGAGACGCUAUGAGCGACUUGCCUCCGAUAUCCAACGGAGCGAACCAAUUAGAGCGUGAAUACGGGUCGAUGCCGGAGACGCACUUCCAGCGAUUGGUCCGCGCCGGCGCGACGGAUGAGACCAAACUGAGAGAUCAUAUCUGCAAGAACAUGGCGCCGCUGAUCCAGGCCCGCAUAGCGAGGGUGCCCACCACGCCAGGGUCGGACUGGCGGGACCUGCCCAAUAUAUCUGUCACGCUGUCUGAUGGGACCAAGUGUAAGGUGCUCCAAUACCGGCACCACGACGCCCGCUCAGGCCGCUCCCCUCUGGGCGCGCUUCGCGGCGUCUGCGCCUGCGCCGCCGGGGGGCCCUGCGACCCCGCCGACAAGCAGGAGAACACGCUGAUACCCUGGUGUCUACCGCACACUGCUAAUAGGCAUAACAACUGGGCUGGACUUUAUGGUCGCGUAUCAUGGGACGGCUACUUCAGCACCACAGUGACGGACCCCGAGCCGAUGGGCAAGCAGGGCCGCGUGCUGCACCCGCAGCAGGCGCGCGUGGUGUCCGUGCGAGAGUGUGCGCGCUCGCAGGCCUUCCCCGACACCUACCUGUUCGCGGGCUCUGUGGGCGACAAGCACCGCCAGAUCGGCAACGCGGUGCCUCCGCCGCUGGGCGCCGCGCUCGGCCGCGAGAUACUGAAGGCGCUGGCGCAGAGCAAGAAGAGACUGGACCGACCCGAUGAGUUCAUGGACCAGGAUAACAACUCCAACCAGCUUUAGCUGUAAUG